AUGUCGGACAACAAUCCUACCGUAGCUGAGCCGGUAGCUCAAGCUGUCGACGCGGAAGGUCAAGCCGGCCCAACCAAAAGCGAGCUCAAGAAGAGGGCGAAGCAAGCCGAAAAGGAGAAGAAGGCCGCAGAGAAAGCUGCUAAGCAAAAGGAGCUCGAUGCCCAGAAACAAGCAGCCGAAGUUGAUUUUGCUGCAGAACUGUAUGGAAAACUUCCACUCAAUCAGUCUCAAACGCGAACGAAUCAAACGCGCAUCCAAAUUUCCACCUUGUCUGCUGAUCGAGAUGGGGAGCAGGUCCUGCUACGAGCCCGAGUGCAGACAUCUCGUGCUCAAGGGAGCAAGAUGGUCUUCUUGAACCUUCGCCAGCGAACCGAUUCCGUUCAGGCGUUGCUUGUCGUCGCUCCGGAGAAAGUCUCUAAGCAGAUGGUCAAAUGGGCAGCUGGCCUCUCCGAUGAAAGCAUCGUUUUGGUGGAAGGGGUCGUGGCCAAGGCGCCAGAACCAAUCAAGAGCGCAAGUGUAAGCGACGUGGAGAUCCACGUCUCCAAGCUCUAUCUCAUUUCUGGGUUAGAGGCGCGCCUUCCGUUUACCAUUGAAGAUGCUACGCGUCCUAUUACGACCGGCGAUGAACCCGAGGACGAGGAUGAUGAGAAGCAGGAAGACGCGCAAGCUACGCAAGACCCUGCUCAACCCCAAUUCAAUCGCGUACUGCUCAAGACUCGUUUAGACAAUCGAGUCAUCGAUCUUCGCACCCAAACAAGCCAGGCCGUCUUCAGGCUUCAGGCUGCCAUCGGAGAACUAUUCCGCCAGCAUCUCCACCAUAACGGUUUCAUCGAAAUCCACAGUCCUAAGCUCCAGGGCGCGGCCACCGAGUCUGGCGCGUCUGUAUUCAAAGUCGGCUAUUUCAAAGGGAACGCGUUCCUUGCCCAGUCGCCUCAGCUAGCCAAGCAAAUGGCUAUCGCUGCUGACUUUGAGCGUGUAUACGAAAUCGGCCCUGUUUUCCGUGCAGAGAACUCCCGUACCCAUCGUCAUAUGACCGAAUUCAUGGGCCUCGAUCUGGAAAUGACGAUAGAAGAGCACUAUCACGAAGUCAUGGAAUUGUUGGAUAGCGUAUUCCUGGCCAUUUUCCGGGGUCUGAAGGAGAAGUAUAGCAAGGAGAUCGACAUCGUCAGGAAGCAGUUCCCAGCUGAUGAGUUCAAAUGGCGUGAGGGGCCAGAAGGAACACUCAAGAUAACCUUUAAGGAAGCUAACGAUCUCCUCGUUGCCGACGGCGUUGAACGAGGACCUCAAGAUGAUAUCGAUACCGAGAACGAGAAGCGGCUUGGCCGCAUAAUCAAGGCUAAGUACGACACUGAUUAUUAUAUUAUCGACAAAUUCCCUAUGGCUCUUCGUCCGUUCUAUACGAUGCCGGACCCUGAUGACCCAACAUUGUCCAACUCCUACGAUUUCUUCAUGCGAGGUGAAGAAAUCCUCUCUGGGGCUCAGCGUAUCCACGACUCCGCCUUCCUCUGUGAAAAAAUGCGCGAGAAGGGUGUUGACCCGGAUUCGAUGAAAUCUUACGUCGAUGCUUUCCGCUUGGGAUGCCCUCCUCAUGGUGGAGGAGGUAUCGGCCUGGAACGUGUUCUCAUGCUCUUCCUGAAGUUGAACAACAUCAGGCGGGCCUCGAUGUUCCCAAGAGACCCCAAGCGAUUGGAACCUUAG